AAGGCCUUCGUCCUUCUCACCCUACUCUCUCUCUCUCUCCCUCUCUCCACUCUCUCUUUCUAUUUCCAUCAUAUCUAUCCGCUCUAAUUUUCUGCUAUAUACCCUCCCAUCGAUUCUUGUAUUCUUGACGAUUUCGUCUUCCUGUUAACGUUUUCUAGAACAACGCCAUGUCGAUCGCCUUGGAUAGCAGUUCCAGUAAUCGAAUCGAACGGUCAGGCUUGCGCCACGGCAUGUCCUGCGGAUCGGAGUAUGACUCGCCCGAUUCCGGCAGGCCGGUCAACGUUAUGUUCUCCGGAGAUCUCCGAUUGCCGGCGGCGAAAGACGUGGAGGACGAGGUGGAUGAUUCGAGUAGCUCGUCGUCGAUCGGAGUGGACAGUGAUUUGUCGGAUGGGGAUGACAACUCCGGCGAGGGUGAGGUUCAGAGCUCGCAUAAGGGAGCGAUAGAUAAUUUGGAUGAUCUGGAGGAGGUUUUGCCCAUGAAGAGGGGUAUAUCCAGUUUCUACAGCGGCAAAUCAAAAUCUUUUACAAGUCUAACUGAUGCCACUUCCUGUUCAACCAUUAAAGAAAUUGUAAAGCCUGAAAACCCUUACAGCAGGAAGCGCAGGAACUUGCUAGCUUAUAGUACUCUCUGGGACAAGAAUCGCAGUUACCCACCAAGAAGCAACAGUGGCGGCAUAUCAAAGAAACCUUUCCACUCCAGUAGAAGUACUUUGGCUCUGGCAAUGACUAUGAGCAGCUAUGAAAGCAAUAACAACAGUGAAAGCUCUGGCUCAAACUCGUCAUCGCCCACUCUAUCUCGACCUCCCCUCUACCCACAGAGUAGACGAUCACCCAAUAACUUGCCAUCAUUGUCGUCCUCUGAGCAAAAUUUCUCUCCAUGGAGGUCUUUCUCUCUAUCUGAUCUGCAGUGUGCUACUACUGUUACCCCUAGUGUCAAUGGCCUAGUACACAGUAAUGGACAGAAGGGCAGGCCACUGUGAAGUAUCUAAAAUCUGUUAGGCUUGAACUAUGAAUGUAAAGUUAGGAAGGUAGUUAUGAUAUUGGGUAUUCUCUUCCCCUGGUUUCAACUUGUGGUUGAGUUGAUUGUACUACUAGUCCAAUCAUAUGAUUGCGCUGGGUUUUCAAAUAUGACGGAAACUGCAUGUUUUUGGAGGACAAGCAUUGAAGCAUCCCCCAUCCUCCUUUCCUACUUGUGCUUGCCUUCGAGUGGGCUCAACCAUGUCUCUUUCUCUGAUGAUGAUAGAACUCUUUGAGAGUGUCGAAACAAGUUCCAUCAGUGAAGCGCAAUCUCUCGUGACCAUUUCACUAGACAAUUUUGUAUUUCUCCCACAGAUUGUGUAAUCUAAUCUCCCCCUUAAUUUUGCAGUUCAUUCCUUAUUUUUGCA